CGCGGGUUGUUGUAUUUGAUCCAGACGCUAAAAUGAAUGUUUCUUCUACCAUUAAAUUUUUUUUAUCAGUAACUUUAUCAUAAAUAGAUUCCACUGGUUCAUAUCGUUUAAACGAGACCUUCACGUCCGAUUUAACAGCUUUUUUCAUCUCAGUCGCUCAAGGAAAAUUACGGUCCGUUUUUCUCAUAUUAAACAUGCCGAGGAUUAACAAGACCUCGCUGAUCCAGAGGAUCGUGAGCCAGGCUUGUCUGACGUUCAAAAACGGCACUUCCUCCGGCUUUGGGGACAAUAAGGUGCUGUUAGACCAGCAAGCAGGUCUGGUCACCCUACUGUCCGAGAUCAGUGCUGCGGAUUUGAAGAUUGCGCCACCGAAGAAAGUCUCCGUAUCCUCCCAUCAGUCGCCUGCUUUCCCUCCAGUCACAUACAUGCACAUCUGUGAGACUGAUGUAUUCAGCAUGGGAGUGUUUCUGCUUAAGGCAGGGGCUUCCAUACCUCUACAUGACCAUCCUGGGAUGAAUGGCAUAUUGAAGGUUCUAUAUGGCAAAGUCAAUAUAAGGUGUUAUGACAAGUUGGAUAAAGCUGAUGGGGUUGAGAGUGAAAGUGAGGGGCACUUUAAGCCUUUCCAGGGCGAUGAUGUGAGGAGAGCCAUGCUGAGGUCUUCGGGACAGUAUUCUGAACAGAGUGGCCCUUGUAUCUUGACCCCACUCAAAGACAACCUUCAUGAAAUUGAUGCAGUUGAUGGACCGGCUGCUUUCCUUGAUAUAUUGGCACCACCAUAUGACCCUGAUGAUGGGAGAGACUGUCACUACUACAAAGUUUUACAGACUGCUGAGAAAAAGUCAGAGCAAAGUGAUGAAAAUGAAACAUGGCUUUUAGAGAUUCCCCAACCGGAUGAUUUUUGGUGUGGUGGAGAGCUGUAUCCUGGGCCUGAAGUUUCUGUGUAGAGACAUGCACACUGGAGUGGACCUAAUAUAGCCUAUGCCUUCUCGGCUCUGUUAAAAUAUGCUUGAUAUUUGGGGACCGAACUACAUCCCUACAUGAUUGUAAUGUCUGUUCCACACCAGCUUUUUUUUACACUGUAUGUGCCUCAUAGGCUGCAUGUUCUCAUUGUGGCCUUGCUUGUGAAUAAUGAAAAGCAUGUACUCUUGAAGUGCACACUUCAUAUAGUGUAUAUACUGCCUGGCCAAAAGAAAAAAGUCGCCUUUUGGAUUUAAAUAAUGGUUAUGAUCUGGGGUUGCUUCAGUUGGCCUGGUCUAUGCUCAGCAAUGUAAGGCUGCAAUAAAAUGAAGUCAGCUGAGUCACCGAAUGUACUGAAUGACCAGGUUAUCCCAUCAAUGGAUUUUUUUUCUUCC